AUGACACCAAAUAUCAAAACUUUGAGUUGUACUUGUAAAUUACAGCCUAGUUGGUGGUUAAUAGUGGCGGUUGCAUUGGUGUUGAAUACAGCUAAUGUAAUUGGGUAUACUCAAUGUGACAAAGAUGCAAAGCGUAGAUGGGCAAGUAAUUUGGCUGCUAGAGCUGCCUCUGAAAAUCCAAGCCUUGUAGGAAGAUUGUUUUCUGCUGGAGUUGGAAAAUUUUUUAGUUAA